AUGGAAUUCUCCACAAUUUCGUCCCUUGGGUCUCUGCCCGAGCUGGAGGGCUCAGCUCUCUUUCGGGCGGCACCGACAGACGUGCACCUCGCCGUCCAAAUGUGUUUCGAGAGUGAUGACUUCGACGCUGAGCACAACUUCCGGGUUACACAUGUGGUCCCAGUGUCGGUGCUUACUUCCAGAAUCCGACAGAUGCUGGGUCAGUCCGCUCCCGUCAUCCCAUGGGAAGAAUGGGGUCCGUCAUAUACGGUGAUGACUGGCCCCGUAUAUUAUGAUCAGUAUCUGUCUCGACCUAUGCAUGGGGUCGCCUCUCAGCGCCUCGUUGACUGGUUCCACCCAGCCCACCACACCGCAGAGGAUACGGCGGAAGUCUUCGACUUUCGAGUCCACAGGCUUCGACGGGGAUUGCAGUCCGGAAAAAUGCAAGAACACGUUACGAUGGACCCUGAUGAUACGUUUUGGAUCGAUCAUUCAAUGUUUCACCCUUGUGCCAAGAUGACCUUCCGCUUGCCUCCCCAGGUACCUCGACCUAUGGGAGGAUACUGGGAUUUGGCGUUGACUGCGGACAAUAUAGUCUUAUACGAUUAUGACAAGAAAAACGAGUAUUGCUACAUUUUGAACAUCUAA